UAGAUGAAAACGGAAAGAUAAACCACUUAAUUUGUUCAAACAAAAUAAAAUAGCUUGGAUCGUAUCCAGACUAUCGCAGUUUUCUCUUAUAGCAUUUAAGAGGCGAAACGUCUUUAGUGUCGACGUUUUAUUCUCCGCGACUUAUCCCACCGAAUGAGCGUAGGUUUCGUCAUUGUCCCAGUGUAGUCCAAUUUAAGGUGAUUAUUCAAUUUAUAACAACGCUUAUACACAUCGUAUAUAGUUUGCAAAAUAGUCAUACAUCGUAGCGUACACAGUCGACGUUGUAUCGAUUCCCACUAAGGAAGACAGCGAAAAUUUCCUCUCCGUUAAUGAAGAGACGCAAAUCGAUAUUGGAAGCCGAUAAUGAUGAUUUGGAACCAGAAACAAGAGCUUUGGCUUCGUUUUAUCCGAGUCCACCUCCCGUGGACUUAGUACAAACUACAAUGUACGGGCGCUACACGAAAGAACUCGGCGACUAUGUCAAAGAACCGCGAAAUCGAGCACCGUCCAUUGUCCACACGCAUGCAAGUGAAGAGUUCAGCAGAUAUAGCGGCAAAAUCAGCUCAACGUUAGAAGUGGUAUGGCGCCAUUCGUUUGCCAAGCUCGGCGAAGAUUGGGUCUUUCUCACCAUGCUGGGUCUGGUCAUGGCCGUACUUAGUUUUGUAAUGGAUUAUAGCAUAGACUUUACCAACGAAGGUAGAAUAUGGCUGUUCAAAGACAUGGCGUUCAACCAGUAUUUACAGUAUAUCGUUUGGGUGUUCUUACCGGUGAGUUUGAUAACGUUUGCCGCUGGAUUCGCUCAUUUAGUGGCACCACAAUCUAUUGGUUCGGGAAUUCCAGAAAUGAAGACCAUUCUUAGAGGAGUCGCUCUUAAAGAAUUUCUCACCAUGAGAACCCUAAUAGCUAAAGUCAUUGGCGUAACAGCAACGUUAGGUUCCGGUCUACCUCUCGGUAAAGAGGGUCCGUUCGUGCAUAUUGCCAGUAUCACAGCUACACUGUUGACAAAAGUCAUUACUUCAUUUAAAGGAAUUUAUGAAAACGAAUCGAGAAACACAGAAAUGUUGGCCGCAGCCUGUGCGGUUGGAGUGGCCAGUUGUUUUGGAGCUCCAAUCGGAGGAGUGCUUUUCAGCAUCGAAGUAACCACAGUUUAUUUCGCCGUGCGAAAUUAUUGGAGAGGUUUUUUUUCGGCUGUUUGCAGUGCCACGGUCUUUAGGCUGCUAGCGGUAUGGUUUAACAAAGAAGAUACCGUAAAAGCCUUUUUCCCGACUCAUUUCACCAUGGAAUAUCCAUUCGAUCCUCAAGAAAUGACUGUUUUUGCCUUGUUGGGGGUGGUGUGCGGUCUUUUAGGAGCCGGUUACGUUUGGGCGCACAGACAGUACGUUUUAUUCAUGAGACAGAGCAAAAGAAUAAACGCUUUUCUGCAAAAGAAUCGUUUCUUGUAUCCAAGUCUAAUCACGUUUCUAACGUUGUCGCUGACUUUCCCGUUGGGUCUGGGCAAGUACAUUGCCGGAGAUUUGAACGUUAACGAUCAGUUAAGAGGGUUGUUCAGUAAUUUCACGUGGACCAAGGACGACUUUACCAUCGAAGAAUCGGAAAUGAUGAACCACUGGCGAACCGAAAACACGAACGUGUUCAUUUGUCUGUCGGCUUUUGUUGCUUAUAAUUUCGUGUUUUCAAUAAUCGCAUCGACCAUACCCGUACCGUCCGGUAGUUUCAUACCAGUAUUUAAGACCGGUGCUGCUUUCGGUCGUAUCAUUGGCGAACUCAUGCACUUGUGGUUCCCCAAGGGCGUUCGGCACGGAAAAUUCAUCACGCCCAUCAUACCGGGGGGAUAUGCCGUGGUAGGAGCAGCGGCUUUCAGUGGAUCCGUCACUCAUUCUAUUUCGGUUUCUGUGAUAGCGUUCGAAAUGACUGGACAAAUCACACACAUCAUACCCGUCAUGAUGGCCGUUUUGAUUUCUAAUGCAGUGGCCGUUCUUUUGCAACCGUCGCUGUACGACAGCAUCAUAUUGAUAAAAAACCUUCCGUACUUACCGGAUCUUUUACCUUCGAGUUCUGGUAUGUACAACGUGUAUGUGGAAGAUUUUAUGGUCAGAGAGGUCAAGUGUAUAUGGCAUAACAUGAGCUACAAGGACUUGAAGAAGGUGCUAAAAGAAAACAAAGUACUGAAAGUGUUCCCUCUAGUCGAUAAGCCGGAGUCGAUGAUUUUGCUGGGAUCAGUACCACGAAUAGAACUGAUCAAAUUGAUUGACAGGCAAGUGGGCAAGGAUAGGCGGAUGCAAGUAGUGGCCAAAUGGCAAAAAGAAGCACAAGAGAGACUUGACGAAAUAGAAAGGAGAAAACGAGAGGUAAAAGAAAGAAGACCGUCCAGGUUUGAAGUGACGCCGGCGCCGGAUACUCUUCAUCGAAAACAAUCGAUCAGCUCUCAAUCACUGAACACAAGCGUCAUACAUAAGGUACAAAACAGUCCGAUAAUGCGAGGCAAUCCGAAAAAGUCCAUUUUGAAAAAGACCAACUCGUUCACGUUGCACAAUUUGACACCGAUGAUGACACCCUCGGUGACACCGUAUUCGACGAUCACCGGCGCCGAGAGUCGCAUACGAUUAGCGUUUGAGGCCAUUUUCCACAAGUCCGCUACUCUGCGCGACGCCAACCCCGAACAAGAUCUGAUGGACGACAAGGAUAAAGAUCAAAACUCAUCACAGAUCAUUCAAGUAUCAAAAAAAGUGCAACUGCCAAAGGAGAGAGUCAUAGACAUGUCACCGGAGGAGCAAUACGAAUGGGAACAAAAAGAAAUGAACAAAAUACUGGAUUUCGGAUCUUGUCACAUAGACCCGGCUCCUUUCCAACUGGUAGAGAGAACGUCGCUGCUCAAAGUCCAUUCGGUUUUCUCUUUGCUCGGCGUAAACCACGCUUAUGUGACCGCUAUAGGUCGUCUGGUCGGUGUCGUUGGCUUGAAGGAGCUGCGAAAAGCCAUCGAGGACACAAACUCUGGUACCAAAUUCGCACACAGGCACUCGACGACCGGUUUUCCCGGCACUGUCAUGGAAUCUCUGUUAAACAGCAAACUCGCCGACGAAGACGACAUACCGUAAACACCAUUUAGAGAAAACAAAUUGUUAGUCGAAAUUAUUUAAGUUCGUUUUUUUUGUGCAGCAGCAGCGAUUGCAUACAUUUAUGACUGUCAGUACCUGUCUGUAAAAUGUGUAACAACAUUGUAAUUUGUGAUUAGUAGGCAAGUAGUGCCUGUAUAGUAUAAGUAAUAAGUAUAGCGGUUCGUUAUGAGCGUCCACUUUUUAAUUGCAACUAUACUAAUCAAAUGCCUAUAAAUUACCAUUUAAGUUAUAUUAUUACAUUUAAGUAAUAAAUUAUAUGUAUAUUGUACAAAACUUAUUAUUAUUAUUAUUAUCGAGCUAGAUUAUAAUAUUUAAUUUGUACCUAUUAUACAGUUCAUUUCAUUCCUCAAAAUGUCUUUAAGAACGUUGUUAUAUUUCAUUACGGUUUUAUUUUUGUAACUAGGUAUCCUAGAUA